AUUUUUGGAUUCAUCAAUCUACCUUACUUAAAAAUGUCGAAUUCUGAGCACAUUGUCUCUUCAAACAAUGCUACUCUAUCAAAUGAGAUUUUGGAACCAGUAGAAGAUGCUGACAAAGUUUUGACAAAAAACUUACAAACAAAAGACAAAAUUGUAAAUACUAUAAGUAUAGACUCAGACGCGAAAAACACAGAGUCUCGAAAUUUAGAAAAUAAUGAAUCUAUAUCCCCAAAAAUUUCUGACACACCAACCAUGAACGAUUAUCAAAGCGACCACGUACCUAACGUGGUUGCUAUAUAUAUUGUUCGAUUCGAUACGAAGAGAGGAAAUGUGAUUGAAUGGCAGUAUCCGGAAGAUUUUGAUCUUAAAGGAAUUGAAUUUCAAGCAUUACCUAGCGGGUUACAUGCCGUAAACCAGGAUAUAAUAUAUUUUACCAGGCCUCCCUUUAUUGGGGUAUGUGUAUUUCGGAAUGAACCUACUUUUGAUCAGUCAUUAGAUCGAGGAGCUCAUAUGGCCGCUGUGGGUGUAUUAGUGACACCUACAGCCGAAACUGGCUUAUGUGGUCGUCCCUGGAAUCAUUUAGAGUUUUUACAAAAUGAAAUAUUACAGCAUGUCAAUUUCUCAGAUGAUUAUUCAAGUCUUGUUGAUUAUUUCGAAAAACGUGGAAUACGAUUAAAUUCGGUAGAUAAUGAUUUGUUAUCACUUGAAUCUGAAAGUGGACCAUCUACUUUACGACGACGUGCUUUGUCGAGCGGAUCAAAUAGUAAAUUUCAAUAUUCACGAAAUAGAUGUUUAUCAACUUCUGAAAUGAGCACAGCUAGCUAUCAAGUUCCUGUUACACCUUUUCAUCCUGCUCACCAUUUCCCAGAUUUCGUUCGUUCGUGUGGUCCUACCAUUUUCUUAUUGUGGAAAGCUGCUUUACUUAAGAAACGCAUUUUGUUCUAUUCCCCACCUCCGGUGGAAGAAGCUUGUUACUCUGUUUAUGGGACGUGUUUAAUUGCCAAUAUACCAUCAACCGUUAGUAGAACUUUACGAAACAAAGUUGACAAGAUGAGACCGUUAUUUAAUGUUGGCGUUAGCGAUAUUCCUAUGGUUGAAGCUACGGAGGGUGGAUAUGCUGCAUGCACAAGUGACUUAAUUUUUCAACACAAAAAGAGUCUGUAUGAUCUACUUGUAAUUUUACCACAUGAAGAUAAUCAUCAUCAACAUCCAGAAUUGAUUACACCACCUGGUUCACAAUUAUCCACUAAGAUCAACGCAACAGAUAUUCGACGAUAUAGAGUUUUACUCAAGUUAUUGGCAUCUUAUGGUGUAAAUAAUUAUACCGGAGAAGAAGACGGUGGUGAUAUUACUGACACUUGGCGCAAGAUGAUGUUUGGUGGAUGGUUCUGGUGGUAUGGACGUGAUGGUUAUCAAAGGCUAAAUGAUGAUGAAGAGGAUGAAGAAAAUGGAGAAGAAAUCACGUUAAAUAAUCAGAACGAAUCGUCUAGUGGUAAUUCAUCAAAUGUCGAGGCUUCAGAAAUUGAAGUGGAAAUGAUAAGGUUUUUUCAGGCUUUAACAACAAAUCUUUUUAACACUUUGCGACCAAUGGUCACGCCUAAUGAAGUAGAAGAAGAAACCAUAAUUCUCUAUCCUGAUAAUUUGAUUCAGCUUGGUCUCGAUCCACAAGAUGAUGGUGCCUUUGUUAAAGAAUUGGCCGAUAUUUAUUUUGGGAAAAAAAUUGAAGUGGUGGGAAAAGGUUGCAAUAUAUUAAUUCAAUUUUGUUCUAAUUUGUUCUCUUCAAUAGAAGAUACUUGUUGUUGCUUUCGGAUUUAAUUCAAUGGAUGGAUGUAUAAUACUUUAAUAUAUUUAUAUAUAGGUAAUCGCAUUCUGCCAUUGGAAAUGAAGGAAACUUGCAUUCGGAUCGUUUAUAACAUACCAUUCUUUUUAUCCUUUUUAUUUACAAAUGUAAUUAAUUUAUUAUACCCCUUAUAUAAUUUGACUCGCAAUUUAUGGCGAAACGAAAGAUGAUUUUAUUUGUAUAUAAUUUAAUUAAUUAUUAAUGUUGAAAUUUCUUUGUUACUUUAGACCCAAUAUAUAA